AUUUAAAUAGACCAUCCUCCUCGUUAAUAUCAAUCAUCAAUACACAAAAAACUCACCACCUUCUAAACUACAAAAUGACGACUAUUAUAGAAAUGAGAGUGCAUAUGGAUUGUCCAGGUUGCGAGGCCAAGAUAAAGAAGUCUCUUCAAAAACUUGAUGGGGUGGAUGAUGUUGACAUAGACAUGGCCAUGCAAAAGGUAACGGUGAUGGGUUGGGCGGACCAGAGGAAGGUCCUCAAGGCGGUAAGGAAGACUGGAAGAAGAGCGGAACUGUGGCCGUAUCCAUACAACCCUGAGUACCAUAACUAUGCCCAACAAUACUAUUCGCAGCAGCAACAGCAGGUUCUUCGACGCCAGCCGCCGAUCACUUACCAGUUUCUGGCUGUACCGCGGGCUGCAUCAUCGUACAAUUACUAUGUGCAUGGCUACGACGGCCAUGACUAUGGCUACUAUCAACAGCCGCCUUAUUCUUCCUUAAUCGAUGAACAAAGUAGUUCCAUGUUCAGUGAUGACAAUCCUCACGCUUGUUCCAUAAUGUGACAUUUAAUUUCAAGUAUUUUCGUUUGCUUUGACAACUUUGUGGAUGUGUUUUAAAGCUUUGUGAAUAAGAUUUCAUUUGAAUU